AUGUCAAAGAUAGCCGUUGUAUUAGGUGUUGGUCCAGGCAUUGGAGCUGCUGUUGCUAGAAGGUUCGCUAAGGAGGGCUUCACUGUGGCAUUGGCAGCACGUACAAAGGAUAAACUGUUGGCACUUGAGAAGGAGAUCAAUGAUGCUGGUGGCAAAGCCAUCAGUGUUCAAAUUGAUGCUGGCAACACAGAGUCUAUCAUCAAUGGCUUCAGUGAGAUCAAGAGCAGAGUGGGCAAUCCCGAUGUGUUUGUAUACAACGUCGGCUCAUUCAAGUAUGGCUCAAUCGAGAAGUUGACCACUGAGGACUAUGAGAGCGCUUGGCGCAACAACUGUCUUGGUGCCAUCACAGCAUCCCAGCAAGUCCUUCCACAUAUGUUGUCACAAAACAAGGGCACCAUCAUAUUGACUGGAGCCACUGCUUCAAUGCGUGGCUCAGUCAACUUCUCACCAUUCGCCGUGGGCAAGUUUGGACUGCGUGCCUUUGCACAGUCACUCGCAAGAGAGUACUAUCCCAAGGGUAUCCACGUAGCACAUGUAGUCAUCGAUGGUCAAGUCAACGUUUCAAAGGAGACCACCAGGCCACUCGAUGAAAUGUUGAAUCCUGUUGAAAUCGCCAAUACCUAUUGGAACUUAUACCAACAAGAUAAGACAGCAUGGACACAUGAGUUGGAGUUGAGAACAAACAAGGAGAAGUGGUAA